CAAAAAGAUUCGGCUACUGUUGGUGACCCUAGAGAAAUUCCUACUGAUAAGGAACUUGAGUUUUUAAAAGAAACAGAAAAAUUAGUCAAUAAAUACACCAAAGACUAUAUUUUACAAUUUGAAGAAUUAAGAACUUGUUAUACCCAAGAAUAUUUGGACGAGUUAGAGAGAUUUGUAAAACAUCUUGAAAAUAAAUUAGAUUUAACCCGAAAAGGUUAUGAACUUUAUAAGCCUGUUGAUUUUAAAAAAGUUGACGAGUUCAAAACCCUUAUUCAUUUAGGAAGGGAUUUUGUGGCAGAGUGA